ACUCGUCUUAAGUUCAAUAACACCACAGCUGAUAUUAUCAUAGCUGGAAACAAGUCCAGCAUGUUUUGUUAAACAGGUUUAUUGUAAGUUAAAAAGGUGAGCAAAGAGAACCGCGGAACAUUUGUUACUUCCUGUUGUCCACAGUUCCUCUCCGGACUCAUAACAGAGCGACACCCAGUUGUCGGGAGAGGGAAAAAAGAAGAUGGCAGGAGCUAAAUCAGCGCUGGUCCUGUGCAUGGAUGUUGGAUUAUCCAUGUCCAACUCUGCCUCGGGCGAAGAGCCUCCCUUUGAACUUGCAAAAAAAGUCAUCCAGAAGUUUGUCCAGCGCCAGGUUUUUGCAGAGAACAAGGACGAGCUGGCGUUAGUUCUGUUUGGCACAGACGCCACCAAGAACCCCCUGGACCGGGAUGGCCAGUACCAGAACAUCACGGUGCAUCGUCACCUUAUGAUACCUGAUUUCGAGCUUCUGGAGGAAAUAGAGAAUCAGAUCCAUCCACAGAGUCAGCAGGCUGAUUGGAUGGAUGCUCUUGUCGUCUGCAUGGAUGUCCUUCAGACAGGAACAAAGGGGAAGAAGUAUGAUCGCCUCAAUGUUGCCCUCCUGACUGACCUCAGCACUCAGGCCAACCAAGAUCACCUGGACGUUAUUAUUGAAAACCUGAAACAAGAUGGCAUCACCCUGCAGUUUUUUUUGCCUUUCCCUGCGGAGGACGAUGAAGAGGCUGGAGGAGAUGCGGACAGAAGAGGCCCCGGUCACCCAGGUACGGGCGAAGGUCUGUCCAGGGAACAGAAGGAAAGUCUGGACCUGGUGAAACACGUCAUGCUGAGCCUGGAUGAGGAGGACGGCCUGGAUCAAAUUUACACCUUCAGGAAGGCAAUUGAGCAGCUAUGUAUGUUCAAGUGUAUCGAGAGGAGACCCAUGGCCUGGCCCUGUCAGCUGACCAUUGGCAGCUGUCUGUCCAUCCGUAUUGUUGGAUACAAAGCAGUGACAGAGGAGAAACUGAAGAAAACGUGGGUUACGGUUGACGCUCAGAGCAACAAGAAAGACGACGUGAAGAGAGAGACGGUCUACUGCCUGGAUGAUGACAAUGAGACAGAGGUGCAAAGGGACGAUACCAUCCAAGGUUUUCGUUAUGGAAGCGAUAUUGUUCCGUUCUCCAAAGUAGAUCAAGACCAGAUGAAAUACAAGCACGAUGGGAAGUGCUUUGCUGUUCUCGGCUUCACCAAACAGAACCUGGUGCGUCGCCAUCAGUUCAUGGGGAGUCAAGUCGUCAAGAUGUUUGCUCCCAAGGAUGAUGAGCACGCAGGAGUUGCGCUGUCCGCACUCAUCCGAGCGCUAGAUGAACUCCAAAUGGUUGCCAUUGUACGUUACGCCUAUGACCGGCGCAGCAACCCUCAAGUAGGAGCAGCUUUCCCGUGCGUAAAACAGAACUAUGAGUGUCUGAUGUACGUCCAGCUGCCCUUCAUGGAAGACCUCAGACAGUUUACGUUCCCUUCUCUGGAAAACAACAAAAAGCUCUCUCCAUCAGACACCCAGCUGUCUGCGGUGGACUCUCUUAUUGACUCCAUGAUGUUGGUACAGAAGGAUGAUGAUGCAGAACAAAAGGACAUUUUCAAGGUCCACCACAUUCCCAACCCUGCCUUCCAGAGGCACUUCCAGUGUCUGCAUCAUCGGGCUGUAAACCCCGGCACCCCUCUUCCCCCCAUGGAGCCAUGGCUGAAGGCCGCUCUUGAGCGCCCUGAUGUCAUUAGUGAACGUUGCCAGGCUCCACUAGAGGAGAUAAAGAGGACCUUUCCUCUCACAGAAGUGGAGAAGAAAAAGAAGCUGAAGACUAGUGCUCAGAUUUUUGGCAAAGACGCAGAGGAACCAGAUGCCAAGAAAGCAAAAGGAGACGAAGAAGAGGAUUAUAACCUGGCUGACAUUGCCGAAGGCUCUGUUACUUCGGUGGGAAGCGUGGAUCCAGCCCGAGACUUCCGUACUCUGAUUAAGUUGAAGAGUCUUCCAUUGGGAGAGGUCUGCCAGCAGCUGACUCACAGGAUAGAGCAGUUGCUUAGCAACAAGAACACACACUACUACAUGAAAAGCAUCACCUGUAUCCAGGCUUUUAGAGAGCAGUCCGUUAAGCUGGGGAAUGCUGAUCUGUACAAUAGCUACCUCCAGUCCCUGAAAAGAAGCAUCCCAAACAGACGGCUGGAGGUUUUCUGGGACUUGCUUGUUCAGGAUGCCAUAACUCUCAUCAGCAAGGACGAGGUUGAAGGAAGCACUGUAUCCAAAAACGAAGCUAUUCAGUUUAUGGUUGUUGAGGAGAAGAAAGAGGAGGCGGCUGUGCCGUCAGCUGAAGACACUGGAGAUGUUGAUGACUUGCUGGACAUGAUGUAAGAAGGGAUGCAAUGGGAGCGUCUGCAGUGUGGACAUCCAGAGAAAUGAGAAGAAUGCAAUCAUUCAGCCAGCCUGACCAAACCAAUUCAGCCGUCCAUUGUUCUGCCUCCCACUUAGAAACCGCUGAUACUUGUAACAGGUGAUACUGAGUAACUGCAUGCAAUGUUUGACUUAACUGACCUUUACACCGGUACUGUAUCUAAGAUAACUCUUGUAUGUAGAACUCACACAAACCUUUGCAAGUUCUGUAUGUGGAGGGCUUUAAAUGUGUUUUGUCACAAAUGUCUUUGUUAAAAUUAUGUAUUUUCUAUGAAUCCAUAGUAAUUAAAGUGCUUUAAAUCUUAA